AUGUCUACUCCAUUCGGUGUUGAUUUAGGUAACGAGAAUACCGUUAUCGCCUGUGCAAGAAACAGAGGUAUUGACAUUAUAGUCAAUGAGGUUUCUAACCGUACUACUCCAUCAUUAAUUGGAUUUGGUAUGAAAAACAGAUUUAUUGGUGAAUCUGCUAAGAAUCAACAAGCCUCUAACUUAAAGAAUUCCGUUGAUAACUUGAAGAGAAUUCUCGGUUUAGACUACAAUGAUCCAGAUUUUGAAAUUGAAAAGAAAUACUUCAGCUGUCCAUUAGUCGAGAACAAAGAUGGUGGAAUUUCGGCCAAGGUCAGAUUUUUAGGUGAACAACAAGAAUUCACUACCACUCAAUUGUCUGCUAUGUACAUCAACAAGAUAAAGGAUAUCACUGUCAAGGAAACUAAGGGUAAUAUUGUUGACAUUUGUCUUUCGGUUCCAGUCUGGUACACCGAAAAGCAACGUCGUGCUGCUUCUGAUGCAUGUAGAAUUGCUGGUUUAAACCCAGUCAGAAUUGUUAACGAAACCACUGCUGCUGCCGUCGGUUACGGUGUUUUCAAGGCCAACGACUUGCCAGAAGAUGAACCAAAGAAGGUUGCUUUUGUUGACAUUGGUCAUUCAUCCCUCCAAGUUGCCAUUGCUGCUGUUAAGAAGGGUGAAUUAAAGAUCUUAGGUUCUGGUUACGAUAAGCACUUUGGUGGUAGAGAUUUCGACCACCAAAUUGCUAACCACUUUGCCGAAGAAUUCAAGGGUAAAUACAAGAUUGAUGUCAGAGAAAACCCAAAGGCUUACUACAGAGUUUUAACUGCUUCUGAAAAAUUGAAGAAGGUUUUGUCUGCUAACACCCAAGCUCCUUUCAACAUUGAAUCGGUUAUGAAUGACGUUGAUGUUUCAUCAUCUUUAACCCGUGAAGACUUAGAAGAAUUCGUCAAGCCAUUAUUAGAAAGAGUUCACAUCCCAAUUGAAACCGCAUUAAAAGAUGCUGGCUUAUCUACCGAUGAUAUCGACUCCAUUGAAGUUGUUGGUGGUUGUACUAGAGUUCCAUCCUUAAAGGCUAAGUUGGCUGAAAUUUUCGGUAAGCCAUUAUCAUUUACCUUAAACCAAGAUGAAGCUAUUGUCAGAGGUAAUGCUUUCAUCUGUGCUACUCACUCCCCAACUUUAAGAGUCAGACCAUUCAAAUUCGAAGACUUCAACCCUUACUCAGUUUCUUACUUCUGGGACAAGGAAGAUGAAGAUGAAGACAACUUGGAAGUUUUCCCAAGAGGUGGUCUUUUCCCAUCUACUAAAAUCAUUACCUUAUAUAGAAAGGGUGAUUUCGGUGUUGAAGCUAGAUACACUAACAAGAAUGAAUUACCAGCUGGUACUAAACCUCUUAUUGCUAAAUGGCAAUUGAAGGGUGUUGUCCCAUCUGAUGGUGAAAGCUCUAUUGCUUGUAAAUUGAAGUUGAGAAACGAUCCAUCCGGCUUCUACACCAUCGAAUCUGCACACACUGUUGAAGAAAAAUUGGUCAAGGAAUUGAUCGAAAAGGAAACAAAGGAAGGUGAAGAAGAAGAUGAAGAAGCUGAACCAGAAUACCGUGAAGUUAAGAAAUUAGUCAAGAAGAACGAUUUGGAAAUUGUUUGUUUCUCCUCCGCCUUAUCAGAAGAAGCCAGACAAGCCGCCUACGAAAAGGAACACUCCUUGAUCAUGGAAGAUAAGUUAGUUGCUGAUACUGAAGACAAAAAGAACGCCUUAGAAGAAUACAUCUACGAAUUAAGAGGCAAAUUGGACGAACAAUAUAAAGACUUCGCCAGUGAUGAAGAAAAGGAAAAAUUAACCGGUAUGUUGAUGAAGGCUGAAGACUGGUUGUACGAAGACGGUUUCGAUUCAAGUAAGGCUAAAUACAUUGCCAAAUACGAAGAAUUAGCUUCUAUUGGUAACGUCAUCAGAGGCCGUUACUUAGCUAAGGAAGAAGAAAGAAAACAAGCUAUUAGACAAAAGCAUGAGCAAGCUCAAGCUUCUGCCAUGGCCGAAAAGUUAGCUGCUGCUAGACAAGCAUCUAAGGACACCGAAAAGAAGAAUGAAGAUGGUGACGUUGAAAUGGAUAAUUAG